UGUGCACCUCUUGUAAUACAUUGACAUUUGACGAUUUGGAAUUAGAAGUAAAAAAAUGUUGAGGUUAAGUACGGGUACAGACAAAAAAAUAUGAAUUUAAUUUUAGUCAAAAUCAGAAGACAAAGGCGUUUGAGGUUCAUUUCAGAUGUCAUACGAUGAACACAAGAACUACAAAUACGCAUUUAAUUAUAGUUUCAUUAAUUUUUCUUAAUAUACCCAUUUUACUAGCCAUUAUUACAAUACAUGAUCAAGACGGUUUUAGUCAAAGUCUUGAGGUACAGAAUGAAACAGAACAGAGUAUUCCAAAGAGUGUUCAGGACAGUGGUAGUGACCUGGAACCCAGUGUGGAACUAAAUCUGGAGGUUGUUAAUGUGGAUUCUGGGUCGAAGGAAUUGACUGAUAACACGACUGAAAAUUCUGAUGUAGUUACUAGAACUUUACCCAAUGAUACUCCAGUAUUGUUACAAACAGAUAGUUCACCUGUAGAUUUAGAACACAUUGCCGAAGUUUCAUUAGUUCUAACUAGUCAGAAUGGAGAAAUACGAACACAGAAUAUUGCUGCUGCAACUGAAAACAUUCCAAGCAACAUUUCCUCUAAUAUUUCAAAUGUUGAUGUUGAAAACCUUACAGAAAGUACACAAUUGGAGACGGAGUCUGAGGGGAAAAAUAUCACUGAGGAUAAAUCGGAAGAAAUACCUUCUUUUUCAGAGUGGGCACAAAAAAGGCUGGAAGAAGUUGAGAAAAAUAAACAGUCAAACGAGUCUGUCAAGGGACAGGUUAUUAAUGGUAAACACUUUCUAUUUUUGGGAAAGGGUAUGAACCCCAAACUUCGUUGGAAGAAUUAUGCCUCUCUCGACUGUGGAGCCAAAGUGGUUGGGGCUAAUUCUGAGUCUGUCAGUCCUGGGUCGAUCCUAUCUCCUGCCGUCGACGAAUAUAAGUUGAGCCCUUGUACCAGCCGAAUAUGGUUCGUUGUAGAACUCUGCGAGGCAAUACAAGCGCAGCGAAUCGAUCUGGCCAAUUACGAAUUGUUCUCAUCAUCGCCAAAGGAUUUCACAGUAUCUGUGAGUGAGAGAUUCCCUACCAAAGACUGGGUAAUCGUAGGAAAGUUCACUGCGAAAGAUGAGAAGGAUAUUCAGAGUUUCGACAUAGAAACACAGCUUUUUGGAAAAUAUAUAAAAGUGGAGAUCAAAUCUCAUUAUGGGACAGAGCACUACUGCCCUAUUUCAUUGUUUAGAGCAUAUGGGAUGUCAGUUUUUGAAGUAUUACAGAAAGAAGACCCUGGCAACGAGAACACUACCGAUCAAGACGAUGACGACGAUGACGACGACGAUGAAGAAAUCCUUAACAUAGAUCAUAACCCUGGCAAAGCCCAAAAGAACGUCUUCACCUCCGCUACUGACGCCGUAAUAUCGAUGGUGAAACGUGCGGCCGAAGCCCUAGGUAACAAGGUCGACAAUGAAACAGUCUUUGUCAAAAAAUCUAAUGCCAGCACUCUAGUCAACACAUGCAGUUCGCCGAGACACGUUAUUGUCUGUAAUAAUUGCAGUGAAACACUCUUCGGGCAGAUAUUCGAACUGCUGAGCUGCAAAGCUGAAGAGAUCAGUAAACUAGUCAGCAUUCCGGCUAUAAUGACUGCUUUGCUGGAUUCUGAUGUUUGCCGGAGGUUUGGGUACGAAUUCAAUCCAUCCUUCAAAGAGACUAUCAAGUUGGAACAUUUCGAAGCAUUUUUUCCUGAAAAGUACUUAGGAGCGAUGUGUAACGAAGCUGCCAUUCUAGAAAAGCAGGGACUGCUCAACGUGAGCCAGCAGUUCCUGAAUGUAACAAAAACUCUAACCAAAGAUAAAAUUAUAAACAUGAACAUCGAAGAUUCGGAAGAACCGAAGCUAAGCACCAAUGAUACUUUUGUAGAAAAUAUUGAAGUUGUUGACCACAGUGAUACACCUUCAAGCACCACUUCUGAGGAUGUUUCUCAGAUUAAACCAACGAAGACCUUCAGUUUGGAUCCGAAUCUAACUCAGACGGUUGUUGAAGCUGAAGACUCCGGGUUGGAAAGCAUCACAGAGUCUCCCGAAACCACCACAGUGACUUCUCAUGAGAUUACAAUCGAAAAUCCUCUCAGUGUAGAGGUAGAGGCAACUACAGAGGGUGCGGAGAUACUGGAGGAACAUAUCGAUCAUAUAGCUGAUAUGAAUAUAGACAACCCGAGUACGGCUGUCCCUUCUAGUACUUCUACAAAUUCACCUCAAGCGCCGAAGGAGUCUAUAUUUAUGAGAUUAUCGAAUAGAAUUAAGGCUUUGGAAAGAAACAUGUCUCUUUCAAGCCAAUACUUGGAAGAGCUGAGCAAGAGAUAUAAAAAGCAAGUAGAGGAAAUGCAGCUCCUGUUAGAGAAGACCGUCGCCACGAUGCAUGAAAAGACCCAAGAACGGGCCGAACAAAACAAACAGCUCGAGGAACGUCUGGACCAUCUUACGGCUUCAAUAGAGGAACUGACGGCAGAAAGGCGUUUCUUCUUUUCUGUAGUCUACUUCCUGUUACUUUUCGUCUUCAUUUGCACCGGGUUUCGUUUUUUUUGCAGGACUUGGUCAAAGAGUCGACAUAAGAGUGAAGAGAUGGAUGAAGUACUCAGUCUCGUGAGCGAAGAGUCCACGAAAGCAGAAAAGAGACGUCGCCCGAGCGAUCAGGUCCUCAAAAUCGUGCGGUACUCUUCGAUCAACGACGACGAGAGGCACAGGAGGGCGAAGAAACGAAAAAAGAAAGCGGCCAAACGCUCCAACUCGGUGGGCAGCCUCAAAAUAAAAGAUGAAGAUUGGGCGCAAAACACGCAUCAGGUUAUAGAAGACGUGCCGUUUCUCGACGAGAAUGAUACAUUGACUCUCGAAGCUUGUACUUUUCCCAACGACUUUUCCAAAAGUGACUCUCCCGGAAGGCUCUACAUCGAAGAAGAUUCUAGUCUGCAGAUUACUGAACCUAGCGUAAAUUAUUUGAAAAGUACUCCUAGUGAGCCUGUUAAGAAGGAAAAGAAAGGAUUUAAGAAAUUCCUCAAGAAGGUUUUCUGAGAAUUUUCUGUUGGUAUACUCACUUAUUUAAAUAUAUGAUUCCGUUUUUAAAA